AUGGCGAACCCAUCACAAUUGUACCUGCUCGCUGAUCACAUUAAGUUGUCAUUACUCGAACGGCAGCGGGCCAUCUCCCUAAAUCUCGAGCCCAACUCCCAAGAUGGACACAUCUCCAGAUCAUUGGAUCAGAUGCGCGAGGGCGUCGAGGCGCUGGAGAAAUCAGAGGGAAACGAUGAUUCAGCUGCCGACCUCCGGAAGCAAUUCGACGAUCUGACAUCCCAGUUCCGCGGUUUCCCCACGACCUCCAAACCAUCCGUCUCCCAACCCAAUGACCCAGCCCUCUCUCCCGAUUUUGCUGCCGCGAAGAAAAUUCGACCUCGAAACCCUUCCUCGUCCUCUUUCCUCAAACGCUCUGCAGCCGACUCCCCUAGGCCAGAUAAAUCCGUCAGGUUUACAGAUGCACCGUCAGAUCCGCAAGAAGAGGCGAACAGAGCAGCGCUAUUUCCGUAUAGAGAUGAACCAGAGCCAGGAGGGCCGCCAGAUCAGAGUCAGCUGGAUAAUCAACAGAUACAUCAAUACCACUCACAGGUGCUGAGGAGACAGGACGAAGAUCUGGACAGGCUGGGAGACAGUAUCGGACGACAGAGAGAUCUCAGCAUACAGAUUGGUAAUGAACUGGAAGAUCAGAUCGGUAUGCUUGACGACUCGGAACAGAUCAUGGAUCGCCAUCAGUCGAGACUGGAUGGGGCGAGGCGACAGCUGGGGAACGUGGCGAGGAGGGCAAAGGACAAUAAACAAUUGACAGUCAUCAUAAUACUAAUCGUUGUGCUUGUUUUGUUGAUAGUCAUUCUGAAGAGCUAG